GGUUUUUCUUUUACACAAAUUUGGCAACUGGCUUUUGCGACAUUCAUCCUCCACCACCUCAACACUCGUAGGAAGAAGUCAUCAUGGUUAAAAAAGCAGCAAAGGUUAGCAACAAGUACGUUAUCGACGCUACUGCUGCCGUCAAUGACAAGAUCUUUGAUAUCUCCGCUUUCGAAAAGUACUUGAUCGACCGCAUCAAGGUUGAUGGCAAGACUGGUAACUUGGGCUCUUCCGUCGUUGUUUCUCGUGAAGGCUCCAGCAAGGUUGCUGUCAUUGCUCACAUUGACUUCUCUGGACGUUACUUGAAGUACUUGACCAAGAAGUUCUUGAAGAAGCACUCUCUCCGUGAUUGGCUUCGUGUCGUUUCCACCAAGAAGGGUGUCUACGAGUUGCGUUACUACAACGUCGUUGUUGGCAACGACGAAGAGGAGCAGCAAUAAAUUCAGAGCUAGAGAUGGCUUGUUUAUUUCAUACAAACAAAAAAUGGAAUAGCAAUUCCUGGGCUUAACCGGUUAAUGAGUGACUUUUGUAAAUUAAUGAAGCACAGCUUUGUAUCUUUCA